UUUUGAAAACGGGAAAUGACAGGCAGUCCCUGUGAUCAGCUGACUGAAAUGUUGACAAAGCAAGUUGGCCGGCGGUGAAGGAAGCAAAAUCCUCGCCGACAGCUUCGGCGAUGAAUUAACUGGUAAAAGGUGAACAAGAAAAGAGGGCAAACACCAGGAAACCUUGCUGCUGUCAGUAUGGACAUCCAGAACGAGAGGAGAAGGCUGCUGGAUGCGGAGGGUGGAGAUGAGGAUCCUACAGGGCUCAUGUCUGAGCAGGAUGCUUACCUGAGUAAAGUGAAGAACAAGAAUUUGUACCUGGCAACGUUUGCGUCUGUUCUGGGUCCCAUGAGUUUCGGGUUCGUGUUGGGAUACAGCUCUCCCGCCAUUCCCGAACUAACCAAGAUUGCUGACCCUCGGCUGCGGCUGGACGAUAACCAGGCCUCCUGGUUUGGGUCCAUAGUGACAGUGGGAGCAGCGGCCGGCGGCCUGCUGGGCGGUUGGAUGGUGGGGAAGAUCGGCAGGAAGCUCAGUCUGAUGUUCUGCUCGCUGCCGUUCGUCUUUGGCUUUACCAUUAUCAUCGCAGCACAGAACGUGUGGAUGCUGUACAUCGGCAGAGUCCUCACCGGCCUCGCCAGCGGGGUCACGUCACUGGUCGUCCCGCUCUAUAUCUCUGAGAUGGCACACGAGCGGGUACGUGGGACAUUAGGCUCCUGUGUGCAACUCAUGGUGGUGCUAGGCAUCAUGGGAGUGUAUCUCGCAGGUCUUUUCCUGGACUGGCGCUGGCUGGCAAUCUGCAGCUCCAUCCCGCCUACACUGCUGAUGGUCAGUAUGUGCUUCAUGCCAGAGACGCCCCGCUUCCUGCUGUCACAGGGCAAGAGGCGGGAGGCUGAGGAGGCUCUACGCUUUCUGCGUGGACCGGACGCCCCUGUCGAAUGGGAGUGCGCCCGCAUCGAGGACGCCUGUGAUCAGCAGGGCUCCAGUUUCCAUAUGUCAGACCUGAAAGACCCUGGUGUCUACAAGCCUCUGGUGAUCGGCGUCAUGCUGAUGUUAUUUCAGCAGAUGACGGGGAUCAAUGCAAUCAUGUUCUACGCUGAGAGCAUAUUUGAACAGGCACAUUUUAAGGAGAGUGACCUGGCCUCAGUGAUCGUGGGUCUGAUUCAGGUCGUCUUUACAGGAGUGGCAGCGCUGAUCAUGGACAAAGCUGGAAGGAAAGCUCUUCUCGUUAUCUCAGGUGUUGCCAUGGCAAUCAGCACCACAGCGUUCGGGGUUUACUUCUACCUGAUGUCCAAACUUCACAGCACCACGUCGCUGAGCCUCUUGAUGCUGGACAUCAAGAGCAAAGCUGGCGAAGAACCCCAUGCUGACCUGGCCUGGCUGGCCCUGGCCAGCAUGGCGGUCUUCAUCACUGGUUUUGCGCUUGGUUGGGGCCCGAUCCCAUGGCUGGUCAUGUCAGAGAUUUUCCCAGCCAAAGUGAGGGGGGUUGCCAGCGCUGUCUGUGUCCUCACCAACUGGACCAUGGCGUUCAUCGUCACUAAAACCUUUCAAGACAUGAUGACUAUUCUAACCAGCGCUGGAACCUUCUGGCUCUUCGCCUGUAUGUGCAUCCUCAACGUCAUCUUCACCAUCGCCUUCAUCCCAGAAACCAAGGGCAAGACACUUGAGCAGAUCGAAGCCACUUUCAGAGGGACAUCAGGUCCAUGAAGCUCCCCCCUUCUGCUAAGAAAUUACUUGUCAACUGACACUGUGUGGGCAUUUUACAAAACUUUGCUAUACCUAUAAAGCUAUGAAGCUUGAUUGAAAACUUUCUUAUCACACACUAAUACAACAGCACUGUAAUAACUCUGGCCUUAAUGAAGGUUACAAUGUUCAAUUUUUUUGUUCAGACUGUUUCAGGGAGGUGCUGAUUCAAUUGUGAUCAUUUUGGAGGAUGCAAGUUAAGGUGCUGCUGAACUGAGAGGUGUUUCUAAUAUUUGUCCAUCCCAUAUAUAUAUCAAUGAGGUCUGACUAAACUGGUGACUGGUUGUAAAUCAUCUGUUUCUGCAGGAACUCUGACCUCCAACAUUAAAGAAUUUGAUAAUCAGGCCAUUAAAUACAGUUUUCCGCAUGUGAAAUCCUUUAAAUAUGUUCUUGUGCUGAGAAAAAACAUCUCUAACAGGAACAAAAUACUCUUUUAAACACUGUGUUGUAGAGUGACUCCCAGUGAGCAGAUUCAGUGCAGGUUUAGUGUUUAGUUAGUUUGACUGGAUGGGACACUUGAGACUGGUGGAGAGGAGCUGGCAUCCUCAGUGUGCUGCUACCUCUAGCAAGACAACUCUACACUGCCCCCUGCAGGUCUCACUGCUGUAGCUCUCCUCUAAGUCUGAUCUCUGAUCAGCAAAGUUUUUCUGCACAGGUUUAAAAUUUCCUUUUCUUGGCAGUUUGACAGUUACCCAGCUUUAUAGAAAGCUAUAAAACUGAAAAUCAUGUACAUAGUUCUAUAACACUGGGGUCUUGGAUUCUCUACUGUGAAGUAUCAAAUGUAUACUCCACCCCAAAUUGUUCCUUUGAGUGUCAAAGAUGUUUUUUUAAAGAGAAAAGAGGCUGUGGUAAGCUUGAAUUAAUAUCAGGUAUCCAUAGUUGCUUCUGAAGCCACUGCUGCAGCAUAUUUCUAUUGUUCACAGAUGUUCCAUUUUUAAACCAGUUAUGGUUUAAAACACAGGAUCUGUCUUAAUCCUCACGUUCGUUAUUUCAGCGGGUUAAACCUUUUCUAUACUAACAAUAUGCUUGAUCAAAGAGAAGAAAUACUCUCUCACAUUAUUUUCCAUUUCACAAAAGCUACAAUGCAAUGCUAUAACAGAGUGUAGGGAACAAAUAGUUUUUAAAACAGUAUUGGUAUUCACUUGAUUCAGUGCCAAUGCAUCAGAAUUAUUUUCUUCUUUUACUAGAUAAGAAUAAUGUCCGGUGUCCUUGCUCCUUCUACUCGAAACAACUUUGAAGGAAUUUUGCAGAAACUUUAUUGUACUGAUGUUUUGAGAAGUGAGUGUGCUGUUUACACUGACUGUAAAUGUAACUGUGUGUUUUACAUCAUCAGAUAAAUGAAGUAAAACUAAACAGAUUCUGUGAUGCAAAACUAUGAAAAAAUAAAAUUACAAACUGCCAACUGUGAAGUCUCUUACAA